AAAGUGUGUGUGUGUGUGGGGGGGGGGGUCCGCUAAAUUACAAAGGCUAAAACAGGAUUGUUAUUGUACAUUUUGAUUAUUUGUUCAUAUAAAACCACUCAAUAUACAUUAACUUUGUUUUUAAGAGAACCGUGGUCGUAAAAACCUUUAUAGACUCUCUUUAAACUGGUCUAUUUGACGGAUGAAGUGGAACCGCGCAGAGGCGCCUUUUCUGAGCUCACGUUGUCGUGCAAAAAAGGAGCUACGCUAUGUAGCCUGAUAGGCUUGCUAAUGUUUGCGUCCCAAACGGGCUAGUUUACAACAAAAACAAGGCGCAGCAGCAUAAAGUCUUAUUUUUAAGUGUAUUUUUUCAGCAUGGCUGCUAAGAAGAAGCGAACACCGAACACACAGAACGACAGCUGGGUUGUUGUUGCUGCAGAGUCCGUCACAAACACACAGAAGCACGAGAGUGAUCCAGCUUUCGUCAGUCUCAAGAAUCCCUCCACAGAUGGAGCCUCUCUGUACCUGCUGGGAAGUGGAGAUUUACAGCUGUAUGAGGUCAAAGCGUUUGAAGAAGACUUCCACUCCUGGUUUGUUGACCAGACUGUGCAGAGGGAUGGAAGACUCAUCUUCGUUACCCCAAUGGAUCCUCUCUAUCUAAUUUUGCCUUAUAUGAUCCAAGCUGGCAAAGAGGGGAAGUUCCAGCCUGUAGAUCAAAUAGUAAAGGACGAGGAGUUCCCAGCAUGCUCCAGGCUGCUCAGCUGCACGCGCUCCCUCUCCAGCAUGCACCACAUUUCCGAGGAGAAGGAGGUGGGUGGCCAGAAGUUUCAUCGAUACAGUCAGGAACGAACCAUGAGCUGGUUAAAAAAGAAGGUGGACAAGACAGUUGCUGCUCUGAAGAAGAGAAACGUGUGUGUGGGAGAAGGAGUAAAAUCAUCCACGUAUGUCCGAGUCAAGCCCAUGUCGGAGGACCAGCAGGAGGACUUUGUACGCUACGCUCACGGCCUGAUAUCAGAGUACAUCAGUGAAGACACAAGCAAAGCUCUCCUCACACACUUGGGGUUAGCAGAACUCAAAAGUCCAAAUGAAUCGGAGCCUCCCUCUAAGAAGCGGAAACUUUCAGACAAGCCGGUGGAAGCUGGAGAGGACUACACCAAAUUCAACAGUGCAGAUUUUACACGCAAACCACCCAAGAAGAUGUCUGCUGCACAGAAAAGUCUGGCAAAGGUGGACAAGACCGGCAUGAAGCCCAUGUCUUCGUUCUUCAGCCCGAAGGCGAAAGCGGACAAGAAAUGAAUAGUUCUGUGUCUUUCCUGUGUCUUUUGUGUUCUUUCAAUGUUUUUGUAAUAAGGAGAAAACACACCAGC